GGCCGUUCGUUUCGCGUGCCGUUGCCUGUGACGUCAAAAGAUGGCCGGCGUCGCGGGAUACGUGGAGCUGCUGUCCCGCUGCGGCGAGGCGCGGGCGAUCGCGCGGAUCCAGGGCGCGCUGGUCACGUCGGGGCGGAUCCGGCAGAGCGCGGAGCUCCACGACGCUCUCAUCCGGGCGCUCUCCCGCUCCGCGCGUCCGCACCUCGCGCACCCGCUCUACGCGCACCUCCUCCGCGCGGGCCUCCUCCCCACCCCGCACACCCUCCCCUCCCUCCUCAAGUCGAUCGCGCUGUCCCCGGCGGCACCGGGCGCGGCGGCGCUGGCGGUCGCAGUGCACGCCCACGCCGUCAAGCUCGGCCUGGAGCGGUUCCGCCACGUGAGCAACGCACUCAUCCUCGUCCACGCCGGCGUCCUCGGCCGGCUCGACGAUGGGCUCCUGCUCCUGCGGACAGCUGCUGCCGUGGACGCCGCCUCGUUCAACACCCUCAUCUCAGCCUACGCGAGGGCGGGGCGGGUGGCGGACGCCCGGAAGCUGUUCGACGAAAUGCCUUCUAGGAAUGCUGUGUCUUGGAGCGCUAUAGUUAAUGGGUAUGUGCAGGCUGGGGAUGGGAUGGAGGCUCUGGAGAUGUUUGCGCGGAUGCAAGCUGAAGGUGUUUGCCCGGAUGACACGGUGCUUGUUGGGGUGCUAGCAGCAUGUGCGCAGCACGGGGCACUAGAGCAGGGUAAGUGGGUGCAUGGUUACCUGAAGGCUAACGGCACUAUGAUCACUGUGUUUUUGGGCACUGCUUUGGUUGAUAUGUAUUCCAAAUGUGGCGAGGUGCAGCUUGCAAUGGACGUAUUUGAGACAAUGAAGGACAAGAAUUUGCUGGCUUGGACUAGUAUGAUAAAAGGCCUGGCAGUCCAUGGUCGAGGAUCAGAGGCAUUAGCACUCUUCUCCCAGAUGGAGAGCUCAGGUGUCAGGCCAGAUGAUAUUGCCUUCAUUGGUGCAUUGAGUGCAUGCACACAUGCAGGGUUGGUUAACAAGGGUUGGGAGCUUUUCGAUUCCAUGGUGAUGAAGUAUGGCAUUAAACCAAAGAUUGAGCACUACGGAUGCAUGGUGGAUCUUCUGGCACGAAAUGGCUUGCUUGAGGAGGCAAAAGAGAUGAUUCAGAAAAUGCCCAUGAAACCAGAUGCCCUGAUUUGGGGAGCUCUCAUGGCUGGUUGUAGAUUUCACAAGAAUGUGGAGUUGGCUGAGUAUGUUGGCAAGCAUUGGAUUUUGUUGGAACCUGACAAAAGUGGUGCCUAUGUACUUCUAGCUAACAUUUAUGCUGCUUCAGGUAGGCACAAUUCUGCGAGGGAAAUUAGGAACCUAAUGCGUGAAAAGGGAAUUGACAAGACACCUGGUUGUAGCACUGUGGAGAUUAAAGGAAUUAUUCACCAAUUCAUUGUUGGCGAUCUGUCUCAUCCACGCAUAAAAGAUAUUUUAACAAAGUGGCAUGAGAUUGAUAGUAGAAUUAGGUUAGAGGAGGGGUACAUCCCAGAUAAGAAGGAAGUUUUGGUUGACAUUGAAGAAGAGGAGAAGGAGGAUGCUCUCAGCAGGCACAGUGAGAAGCUGGCAAUUGCUUUUGCUUUGAUUAGUACUAGUGACAAGAUGCCCAUUCGGAUAGUCAAGAACCUUAGAGUUUGCCAUGAUUGUCAUCAUGUCACCAAACUAAUAUCCAAAGUAUAUGGGAGAGAAAUUAUUGUUAGAGAUCGAACACGCUUCCAUUUGUUCAAAGAUGGCAGUUGUUCUUGCAAGGACUAUUGGUAACAGAUAACAAUGUUUGGGAAGAUAUUGGAACCUGAUUCAUGAGUAUUAGUUAGUCAAAAACUUUUUUUCGUCAAGAUUCCUUAGUAUCAGGGAUCCCCAAGUGGAGGGAAUGAGGAUAAUUAAUGGAAAAAUUCCUUGCUUCUACUAA